GGCGUGAGGGUCGGCGGUUGCUGACGGAGCUGUCCACACAACGGUUGUUGAGACAAGGGAAACUAACUGCUGAAGUUGUACGUCGUCCUGUUGGCAGGAGGGCCAAGAAGGGAAAGAGUGUUUAGUCAAACAGCUUCAUAUUAUGUAAUGCAUUUGGAAUGCUAAAGAGAAAAUUAUAGACUUUGAUAUUGAAGAAAAUGAAUCGAAACCCAAAUGAAAAUCCAACUCGAAGUACAGCAGGCUGUUUGCCUGUUCCAUUGUUCAAUCAGAAAAAGAGGAACAGACAGCCGUUAACUUCUAAUCCACUUAAAAAUGAUCCAGGUAUCAGUACUGCUUCUGACAGUUAUGAUUUCCCUCCUCUACCAACAGAUUGGGCCUGGGAAGCUGUGAAUCCAGAGAUGACUUCUUUAACGAAAACAAUGAACACAGGGCAAAUAUCACAUUCAGUUUCUCGUCCUCUGAGAAGUCAAGAUUCUAUGUCUCACUCUAUUCAAUCAAAUAAUAAAAGAAACCAGAGUGGUUGGAGCUACAAAGUUGGCAACAGAAAUACAAGUUUGAAAACUUGGGAUAAAAAUGAUUUUAAGCCUCAAUGUAAAAGAACAAACCUAAUGGCAAAUGAUGAAAGAAAUUCUUGUCCAAUGAGUUUGGGAGCCCAACAGCAGAAGCAAUUGAGAAUAUCUGAACCUUCUAACUUAUCUCACCAUAGAGAAACUGAGAUACUCAGACAGAUACAUUCAUCAAAAAUAUCUGGCUCCACAAUAAGAGGUCGAGACAAAAGCAAUGCAUUACAGGCAUUUAAGCCCAAUUUUCAACAAAAUCAGUUUAAGAAAAAGAUGUUGGAUGAUAUUCUAGAAGAAAACACUCUGAAGGAAACUCCAUUAUAUCAGUUACAGUUUAAGGAAAAAGAUAAUUCCUUAAGAAUUAUUUCUGCAGUUAUUGAAAGCAUGAAGUAUUGGCGUGAACAUGCACAGAAAACUGUACUUCUUUUUGAAAUAUUAGCUGUUCUCGAUUCAGCUGUUACACCUGGUCCAUAUUACUCAAAGACUUUUCUUAUGAGAGAUGGAAAAAGCACACUGCCUUGUGUAUUUUAUGAAAUCGAUCGUGAACUUCCAAGACUGAUUAGAGGCCGAGUUCAUAGGUGUGUUGGCAACUAUGACCAGAAAAAGAACAUUUUCAGAUGUGUUUCUGUCAGACCAGCAUCUGCUUCAGAACAGAAAUCGUUCCAAGCAUUUGUUAAAAUUGCAGAUGUUGAGAUGCAGUAUUAUACUAAUGCAAUGAAUGAAGCUUAAUUGGUGAUAAAAGGAAGUUUACAUAGUAUAAAUUGCAGCAUUUUUCUGUUAAUGCUUAAUUUACCAUCUCCAUAGUUUUAUAGUUAUUGUUUUUCUGUAUUUCAUUUAUUCAAUUAAAAUAUUUAAAUAUUUUAAAUGUGGAAA